UGAGAAGGAAGGAAGAGAGAGAAACUUAGAGAUAAAGAGCAAAAGAGAGACUGGGAAGGGAAGCAUCAAUGAAACAGACAUAUUCUGUCCUAACCAGCUAGCCAGCCAGCCAGCCAGCCUGUACCCUCCCACUCCUUUCUCUCCCUUUGUCCUUACCCCAUCCCUCCUCUCACUGAAUCUAUGCAAGCAGACUGCAUCUCUCUCACACUGUUCUCUUCUGCAGACAGGAACAUUCUCCCUCUGUCUCUGGAUGAGGGAACUGCAUACUGAAAGUGCUUGCAACCAACUGCUGGGACCCGAAUGUAGUGCAGCCUGUCUCCUGAAAAAUCUUCCUAUUUUUGAGGGACAUUUGCUGCAGACUAACCAAUCAGCAUCUCAGCAUCUUUAUUUGUAAUGCUGCCUGAAGAGUAACUUGGACAUUUUUAGCUUCCUUUCUUCUUCCUCUUUAUUUUUUCCUGUGUUGCCCUUGUUGACCAGCAUGAUUUUCACCACAGCUGCUGUCCUUGGUGCCACGCUGGGCACUGCGUCAGGCAUCCUCACUCUCUUUGGGCUCUCACUGAUCUGCAGGUCCUGUAAGAAAGGCAAGCUGGAAAGUGGUGAAGAUGCAGACCCAGAGAAGGCUAAACCCAGUGUUCUGCACUCCUCAGAGCAGUUCAGUGUGGAAAAAUCAACAGAGCCCAUCCAACCAAGGACAUUGUUGAAAUUUCCCAAAAUAUACAAGCCCAAACCGUCUGUGACCUCAUCUGAGGUCAUCAGCUACCCUGAUCAUGCCUCAGAGAAGGGGGGCGAGCCCUCUCCCGAGGGACCCUCGACUGAGCCUGAUGCUGGUAACCAAGCAACGGACAGCUCUGACACGUUCACGAUCCUCAGACAAGACUCAAAGGAAGAAACCCCCUGUGCCAGGGAUCUUACCAAUGGGAUGACAACAAGCAGCUCCAUCCUCCACCCUAAGCUGCAUUUCUCUCUCACCUAUUAUACCGAACAGAGCGAGCUACACAUCACCGUGAUAGAAGCGAAGCAUUUGAGUGUGGGGUCGGGCUGUGAGGGGUAUGUGGCCGCAGUCCUGACCUCAGCAGCAGGACAGAGGGAGGCCCAGACCUCAUCGCGACGCCUGACCAGCCACACCCGCUGGGAGGAAGGCAUGGUGUUCUCCCUGCCAGGGGGGUAUGAGGUGGAGGGCGAAGUGGCUCUCUCCCUGUACAGUUGUGACCGCUUCUCCCAGAACACCAACCUGGGCGUCAUGAGGUUCAAGCUGGUUGAUGUGGGCAUGAUGUCCAACGCAGACUGCUGGGUCGACCUUCAACCACCAAAACAGCAGGAUGUCCAGUCAGCUGGAGAGAUCUUGCUCUCCAAUUACCUGCCUGCAGCCAACCGGCUGGGAGUGGUGGUGAUGAAGGCUAGAGGACUACAGUCGGACAAGCUGAAGGACUCCAUAGACCUGUCUGUGAAACUGGCCCUGAAGCACCAGACUACCAAGCUGAAGAAGAAGCAGACGCGACGAGUCAAGCACAAGAUGAACCCAGUGUGGAAUGAGAUGAUGAUGCUGGAGGUUCCCCGCGAGCUGCUGUCUAAAUCCAGUCUGGACUUGGAGGUGUUGAACCAGGCAGGUCCUGUUGAGCAGGAGUCCUUGGGCCGCUGCCAGCUGGGUUUACAGGCCUCUAAUACUGGUCUCCAACACUGGCAGCAGAUGCUAGACAACCCCCGUAAGCAGAUCGCCAUGUGGCACCCACUUUAUGACUAAGAUAACAACCUGUCUGCUUUGCCCUUCCAAAUACCAAAAUAGUAUACCACACAUAAAUAUUUAACCAUACAAGGCUGGAUUGAGUAAUUCCGGAACUCAGGAUUUAAGAGCCUAAAUCUACAGUAUUUAUCCACUUAUAUGGAAAUGAUCCUAUUACCUGCAAUUAUUUAUCCCACAGCAUCCCAUAACAUAUCAACAAUAGCAUACACUGAACUGACAUAUCACUGGAUAUCACAGAAUUUCCCAAGAUUUCCAACUAUGAACACAUUUUAUAUAUUCAAUGAAACUCAUCAAUGCAAUGUAAUACUUCACCUACAAUACCUACAGUGAGAGAAAAAAGUAUUUGAUCCCCUGCUGAUUUUGUACGUUUGCCCACU